UGUGCGGCAGCCAUGGCGGCCUCUGAGGCGGCGGCGGCGGCGGGGCCAGCGGCUCUGGCCUCGGGUGCCCCGGCCGUCACGGCGGCCGCAAAGGGAGCCGCCGCCGCCUCGGACUUUUGGGGGCCCCCCGGACGGCUGAGAGGCAGCCGGCCGCGGCACGCGGCGACAAGGCAGCAGCCCGCGGGUCCGGCGCCGCCGGCCCGAGAGCUGAUCCAGCCGUCGGUGAGCGAGCUGUCCCGGGCUGUGCGGACCAACAUUUUGUGCACUGUGCGUGGCUGCGGCAAGAUCCUGCCCAACAGCCCCGCGCUCAACAUGCACCUGGUCAAGAGCCACCGCCUGCAGGAUGGCAUAGUAAAUCCAACAAUAAGAAAAGAUUUGAAAACUGUACCGAAAUUCUACUGUUGUCCAAUUGAAGGAUGCCCUAGAGGCCCUGACAGACCAUUUUCUCAAUUUUCUCUCGUAAAACAGCACUUUAUGAAAAUGCACGCGGAAAAGAAGCAUAAAUGUAGUAAGUGCAGCAAUUCAUAUGGCACGGAAUGGGACUUGAAAAGACAUGCAGAGGAUUGUGGCAAGACCUUCCAGUGCACGUGUGGCUGCCCCUAUGCCAGUAGAACUGCAUUACAGUCCCACAUCUACCGAACUGGCCAUGAGAUCCCUGCAGAACACAGGGAUCCACCUAGUAAGAAAAGGAAAAUGGAAAACUGCCUGCACAACCAGAAGUUGUCCGGUAAGACCAUUGAAUCAUUGAGUAACCAACCAACCCCAAGAUCAGACCCUCAAGAAUUAGAAACUUCAGAAAUAAAGCUAGUUGCUUCUUUUGAAGACUCUUGCAGCUCUAAUGCCAGAAAGCAGGCUUUGACAACGGCUUCAAGAUAUCCUCAGAAGUUGCUUUUACCAAAGCCCAAAGUGGCUCUGGUUAAACUACCCGUUAUGCAGUUUUCUCCUGUGCCUGUCUUUGUGCCUACAGCUGACUCCUCGGCCCAGCCUGUGGUGUUAGGUGUCGAUCAUCAGGGCUCUGCCCCGGGUGCUGUGCACUUACUGCCCUUGUCAAUUGGAACCCUGAUCUUCGGCCUUGAUUCAGAGGCCUGCUCUCUUAAGGAGAGCCUCCCUCUCUCAAAAAUUGUAAAUCCUGUUGCUGUUGAGCCAGUUAGUACAGGUGUUCAAGUGAACUUGGGUAAAAGUUCAUCUAAUUCUUUACAAGAGCUAGGGAACACAUGUCAGAAGAACAGCAUUUCUUCAAUCAAUGUACAGACAGAUCUGUCUUACGCCACACAACACUUUAUACCCUCUGCACAGUGGGUAAGCCCUGAUUCCUCUGUGUCAUCUUGCUCUCAGACUGAUUUGACGUUUGGUUCUCAAGUUUCCCUUCCCAUUAGUGUUCAUACUCAAACAUUUUUGCCUAGUUCUAAGGUAACUUCGUCUAUAGCUGCUCAGACUGAUGGGGCUUUAGAUGCCUGUUUCCAGUCAGGCAUCUCCAGAGAAACUCAAACCAGUGGAAUGCAGAGACCGACAGAUGACCGAGUACAGAUGGACCAAGCUGUAAUGUGUGGAGACAUUUUUGAGAAUGUCCAUUCAUCAUUCGGUGUUCCUACAGACAGUAUUAUAAGCAGCAGCCUAGUAGCAGAGACUGUAACUCAUGAUUUGUUACCUCAGAACCCCCCUAAGACUUUAAAUCAAGAUAUUGAGAAAUCUGCACCAAUUAUAAACUUCAGUGCACAGAACAGUAUGCUUCCUUCACAGAACAUGACAGAUAACCAGACCCAAACUAUAGAUUUAUUAAGUGAUUUAGAAAACAUCUUAUCAAGUAAUCUGCCCGGACAGACACUGGACAAUCGUAGUCUUCUGUCUGACACGAAUACUGGACCUGACACCCAGCUCGCAUCUGGCCCAACCCAGAAUCCUGCAAUCGAUUUUGAUAUUGAAGAGUUCUUUUCAGCCUCAAAUAUCCAGACUCAAACUGAAGAGAGUGAGCUUAGCACCAUGACCACUGAGCCAGUCUUAGAAUCGCUGGACAUAGAGACCCAAACUGACUUCUUACUUGCAGACUCCUCUGCCCAGUCCCACAGUUGUAGGGGAAAUUCUAAUUUCUUAGGCCUUGAAAUGUUUGACACGCAGACACAGACAGACUUAAACUUCUUUUUAGACAGUAGCCCUCAUCUGCCUCUGGGAAGUAUCCUGAAACACUCCAGCUUUUCCAUGAGUACUGAUUCCUCUGACACAGAGACCCAAACUGAAGGAAUCCCUGCUGCUAAAAACAUACCUGCUCUAGAAAGCAAGGUUCAGUUGAACAGUACAGAAACACAGACUAUGAAUUCUGGCCUUGAAAACCUGGGGAGCUUGUUCUGCACCAGCAAUGAAACACAAACAGCAAUGGAUGACUUUCUUCUGGCUGACUUGGCCUGGAACACAAUGGAAUCCCAGUUCAGUUCCGUAGAAACCCAGACAUGUGCAGAACUACACACAGUCUCCAACUUCUAAAAGGGGAGUCCACGUGUGGGACGGCCUUUACAAUUUUCUUCUGGAUUUAGAAAAUGGAGAAUGGGGACAACAGUGUUAGCUCUGUUGAAUGUAGUUGAUAUGCAGUUGCUUCGAUUCUUUGAGGUUCUUUGCCUUUUGUACUUGUAAACAUGAAAUGUGUGUAUAAAUGUGAGUGUAUUAUAAAGUAAGAUGUUGAUCUAAAAAGAAUUGUAUUGUGUUGCCUACAUCUGCCCUUUUACACCAGUCUUCCCUUGGUAAAAAAAAAAAAAAGGAACUUCACACCUUUAAAACUCAUCUAGCUGUUUAGCUGAAGCCAAGCUUAACAGGUACUAGGGUACAAACUUCUGAAAUCUUCAACAUAUUUUAGUAGAAGUGUGACUUACUUAAAUUGCACCUCAAAUAUUUUUGACAGUGCUUGUUAGAAAUUCCUGUUUCCUGAUAGUAAUCCCAUGCUACAUCAUCAGAUGUAAACACCACUGCUUAGGUGCUUUGAGACUCAUGCUGCCUGCAGCUUCAUCUGCUUUGACAGCUCACUCCUUUCUGACUUGAAGACACAAAGGAAAACUACAUCUGCCUUUAGCUUUUCAGACAGUUUUCAUGUAGUCAUUGCCACCCUUUCUCUACAUGAACUAUUAUUGAUACCAAUGUAAGUGUACAGUACUUUCCUCACAAGCUGUGUUACUGUAAAAUUACUGCUUAAUGUAGUAGCAGCAAGCCCUUAGUAUAAAUAGUGAUGUUUCUAGUCUAAACAGUCACUGCUGUGGAAUCAUGCCUGUUGGCUCCUACUGGAGUGUGCGCUACAAACACCCCCUCCUAGGCACUCUACAGUAGGCUGGGGUGGUGCUCCAGAGCUCUUUGUCAAAGUGCACCCACAGGCUGGAUCUGAGUUUUGUCACUCUAAAUGUUAAAAUAUUGGGUUGUCGGAAAAGUCAUGACGCAUUUUUGCAACGAAAAACAGAAAAAAUGAGUCAUAACUUUUCCAACAACCUAAUAAAUAUAUCAUGGAAAGGAAAAAGGACAUUCCUCCCUAAAUUUCAAUACUUUGCAUAAGUUUGAAAGGGAAGCGUGCAAUCAACAAUUAUUUUAAAGAGAAUCUUCUUUUCAUCCACCUUUCAUCUUUUCCUUGAAUAAGGAAAGGCAUUGGUCUAGCAAGAAUAUUAUUUGUGCCUUGAGGAUAGCAAUUAUAGAAUAGACCCACCUUCUAUAUUUUGUUUGUUUGUUUAUUUAUUUAAAGGGUAAUAUCAACCAGUCUUCAAAGAAAACUGAGGUGAAGACUGAUUGCUUCAGUAAUCAAAAACAUCUGUGUUUUGAGAUGGGAGCAUGGGUCAAGGAUGCUUUGGGGGUUUUCUAUAUUUAGGAUAUCCUGAAUUCUUGAUUUUUGGCCAACUUUCAGGCAAGUAAAAAUCAGUGCAGCCUGUAGGUUUUCCAAGUUUAUCCAAAAAUUCUCUGUUCCUUCUGUGGCACAUGUUUGUGCUGAUGAAGGCUAAAUCCUCAAAAUAAAACCUAAGAGAGGAUUAAACUGCUAAUUCCUAUUCAAUAGAAGAAUGUUGGUAAUGGAUAAAUAACAUAUCCCGGGUAGAUGAACUUGACCUGGUAGAUAAAAGUUUGCUUUGGUCACAAUUGCCUGUGAAUGUGGGUUUCCAAACAAACAUAAAGCCUUAACUUAGGAUUUCAUUAUGUUUUAGAAUCAUCACUGCCUUAAUGUUCAAACACCUAUUUAGAUCCCCUUCAUAAAGGACAAGUGCAUGUCUGUUUAUGGCUUUUUGUAAAUAUAAAUGCAGUGAUCUAUGGCUUUAAAAAAAUUUCGUUUCUGUGACAGUGUUUGUUAAUCCAGCCAGUAGAGGUACUUACAGAAAAUGGAGCAUGUAAUGUAAUAGUUCUUCAUGUACAAGAACUGUUCCCCCCAAAACUUUAGUUACCUGAAUUGUUCUAAGAUUAUUUGUAAAAGCUGAAAUUCAGUGAUUAAAGAAAGUAAGAAUUCUA